AUGAGUGACAAACUUACAAGGAUUGCCAUUGUUAGUUCGGAUAAAUGUAAACCGAAAAAAUGCAGGCAGGAAUGUAAAAAAUCAUGUCCUGUCGUUAGAAUGGGCAAGCUUUGCAUUGAGGUGUCUCCAGAUAGCAAAAUUGCUUUUAUUUCUGAGGAAUUAUGCAUCGGUUGUGGUAUUUGCCCCAAGAAAUGUCCAUUCGGUGCUAUUAUGAUUAUAAAUCUUCCCACAAAUCUCGAAAAAGAGGUCACUCAUCGUUAUUCUGCAAACUCUUUUAAGCUUCAUCGAUUGCCUGUUCCUAGGCCUGGACAAGUUCUAGGAUUGGUUGGUACUAACGGUAUUGGUAAAAGUACAGCACUUAAAAUUUUGGCCGGUAAAUUGAAACCUAAUCUAGGAAAGUUUGAAGAUCCUCCGGAUUGGCAAGAUAUUUUAAAAUAUUUUCGCGGAUCAGAAUUGCAAAAUUAUUUCACAAAAAUCUUGGAAGAUAAUUUGAAGGCAAUUAUCAAACCCCAAUAUGUAGAUCAUAUUCCAAAAGCUGUCAAAGGGACAGUUACUGCUUUGAUUGAUGCUAAAUUGGAAAGAGAUAAUAAGAAAGAUAUGAUAAGUGCUUUAGAUCUACAAGAUGUAUUGAACCGUCAAGUAAUUGAUCUAUCUGGUGGAGAGCUACAGCGUUUUGCAAUUGCUGUUGUGUGCAUUCAAAAGGCAGACAUUUAUGUUAUUGUUGUAGAGCAUGAUUUAUCGGUUUUGGAUUAUCUUUCCGAUUUCAUUUGCGUGCUAUAUGGUAUGCCCUCAGUAUAUGGAGUUGUUACUAUGCCUUUCUCAGUUCGUGAAGGCAUUAAUAUAUUCUUGGAUGGUAAGGUGCCAACAGAGAAUUUGAGAUUCCGUGAAGAAUCUCUAACAUUUAAACUAGCAGAAACUGCUGAGGAUGAAAAGGAAGUAGAAAAGCAUAGAAUAUAUAAAUAUCCUGAUAUGACAAAAACUUUGGGUGAUUUUCAUUUGACCGUUAAAUCUGGCGGAUUUACGGAUUCUGAAAUUAUUGUUAUGCUUGGGGAAAAUGGAACCGGUAAAACUACAUUUAUCAAGCUAUUGGCUGGUGGAAUCAAAGCCGAUGGUGAUGAACAAGUACCUGAAUUGAAUGUUAGUUAUAAACCACAAAAGAUCUCACCAAAGUACCCAGGAACUGUGCGCAGUCUAUUCAUUAAAAAGAUCAAAAAUAUGUUCAUGCAUCAACAAUUUCAAACCGAUGUUGUGAAGCCCAUGCAAAUUGAGAAUAUUAUUGAUCAAGAAGUCGCAAGUUUAUCUGGUGGUGAACUUCAACGUGUGGCAAUUGUGCUGGCGUUAGGUCAACCGGCAGACAUUUAUUUGAUAGAUGAACCUUCUGCAUAUUUGGAUUCUGAACAACGUGUUGUUGCGGCUAAAAAAACAGCUUUUGUUGUAGAGCAUGAUUUCAUUAUGGCUACUUAUUUGGCAGAUCGUGUUGUUGUAUAUGAAGGAUCACCAUCUGUAAAAGCUACUGCUAAUACCCCACAAUCCCUACUCUCGGGUAUGAAUAAGUUCCUUGGAUCUCUCGAGAUUACAUUUAGACGAGAUCCAACUAAUUUUAGGCCAAGAAUAAAUAAAGCGGAUUCUAUGAAAGAUAAAGAACAAAAAUCAAGUUCGGUGUAUUCCCAAAAGAUUGUUUGGGCAUUGGCCAUAAAGAAAUUACAAUGGACUUCAGUCAUUGUACCUCAAAUCCUUCCAAGACCAUUGUUGCAACCGUUAACUCAUGGGUACAGACGUAUUCCAGUUCUUCAAAUUGGAUCAGAUAUUUUUGUUGAUUCUGCAUCGAUUAUUGAAGAAUUAGAACGAAGAUAUCCGGAACCAACCCUUUUCCCAAAAAGAAAUGGAUCCGAUAAAAGUGACAGGGGAUUGGGCUUAUCCAUGGCCAUGUGGACAGAUCGUUACUUUAUACCUGCCAUUCUGGGGGUAAUUCCAUUCUUUUCGAAAGAUCCAUCAACGCCAAAAAUUUUCACUUCAAAAGAAUUCAAAGAUGAUCGAGCUUCGUUAUUUGGAAUACCAAUUAAUACCGAGAAACUUUUACAAACACGACCAUAUUUCGUUGAUCAAAUUAAAUCCAACUUUGAAUGGGUCGAGUUACAAUUUUCGGAUGAUGAUAGGGAAUGGUUCUUAGAUACGCCGUACCCAAGCAUAUCAGAUAUUCAUGUUGCAAGCAAUAUCUGGUUUUUAGAUGUUACUCAAGGUGCAAAAGAGAUUUCAUAUCCUAAUUUAUAUCCGAAAACUUAUUCUUGGUUCAAUAGAUUUUUAAAAUAUGUUAAAUCAAGCGGAAUCAAACCGAAUAAGAUUAGCGGUGAAGAAGCAUUAGAGAUUGCUAAAAAGUAUAAACCUUUAAAUGGUGGGGAAAGAAAAGUUGAACAAGAUCAAAAAGAUGCUACAAGAAAAUUGGGGGAUAAUGUUAUCAUUCAACCUGAUGACUAUGGUAAAGUUCCCGUUAAAGGUAAGAUUGUUAGUUUAGGCGAUAGGAUUAUUGGGAUUAGACCUCAUGACGUUGAUAAAACUGGGUUUGAGGUUGUGAUUUGGUUUCCAAGGGCCGGUUAUAGAAUUAAACCCGAUAAUGGGAAGUUGUGA